AUGGGCAACAUUCAUUUACUUUCGACUGUGAGGGCUGAUCGCUCGUACAAAUGGCUCAGCGUGGUAGAUCAUUUGCCUAAACCUCUAGGGAUCACUCCAUGCCUCAGGCCCAUUAUACCCAUUACCUCGUUUUCUAUCGGCAUCAACGAAGCUUCGGAUUUGUCAGGACUUUUUAAAGAUGGCGACAUCCAGCUGUAUAAGGCGCAUGAGCGUAUUCGCGCUCUCACUAAGGAACUUGCUAUGCAAGAAGAUGCUGCUGUACGUGUAAGUGGGAAGACUUCAUUAUACGUAUGCCAUUCUAAACCCGCUAUGAUAUACGACAUUGCGCAAGAAAUAGGCUGUGACUGCCAUCACUUCUGAAA